UUCAAUUCUUCAACUACCUUUACUAUUUUCUAUAUUCAAUCCAUCCAUCCAGAAUUAACCUAACCUAGCUAGCCAGCCAUGGCCGCAAUCGCAUUCCUAUUUACACUUUCUUUCCUUCUACCGAUUGGAUCUCAUGCCGCGUCCAAUGCCGUACCUCCGACGACGUUCUCGCAGCCACCGGCCGCACCGCCUAUGGAAAUGGGAGGAGGAAUGUUAGCGCCGGGACCGGCGGAGGACCCUUGCAUGAAUGCGCUGUUUAAUAUGUCGGAUUGUCUUACUUACGUUGAGGUAGGGAGUCAAGAGAAGACGCCGGAUAGUAAAUGUUGCCCGGAGCUUGCAGGUUUGAUUGACAGCCAACCGAUCUGUCUUUGUAAGCUACUCGGAAAUUCAUAUUCUAGCUUUGGGAUUCAGUUCGAUGUUCAGAAAGCUCUCAAACUUCCCUCUGUUUGCGGCCUUGAUGCUCCUCCCGCCAGCACUUGUUCUUUGUUAGGAUAUCCAGUAAAUAUGGCACCAAUUGGAGCACCAAGUGGAGCACCUAUGUCUACACCAGAUGGUGGUAAUGGUAUGGGGGUGCCGAUUGGAGGUCCAAUAUUAGCUCCUCCUCCAGGAAUUUCUAGCAAUGACAAGCUAAUAAUAUCAUCAUCAACUUUAAUUAUUGGAAUUUCAUUCCUCUAUACAUUUCUGCUGCAGUAAUUCUUCUUCCUUUAGUCUUAAUUAAUUUCUAUUGUUAUAUUAUUCAUGUAUUGUAUUCUAUGCAAACACCCAUUACAUUAUUAAUUAAUUACUAUUGUUAUUUGUUAUUACUGUUUGAAUUU